AUCCGUAGACUUUCGAACGGCCGUUAAUUCUGAAACGCCUUCCAGAAUGUGCCGAUAAAAAAUACCGUAACGACCAUCCUGAGAGAAGGGGCGCGCAUAUCGAACAGAGAAGUUAAAGAAGUGGAAAAAUUGAAGGAGCUGAUGAAGGGUUCGUUCAACCCGUCGGAGGUGCAGAGACUGGAAGAAGAUGUGAGGCGGUGGGAGAAGGAAGAGAGCUUGCGAAAAAUCGAGGAAAAACACCUGGCGGGUCUGAUCAGUUACGAAGAAUCGCUUCUGGCGAAGCAGCAGCUCGCCGAUGAGGCCAAAGCACAAGGGGACAAAGUUCGUUCGGAAAGGGAAAAGCUCAACGCAAAGUUGGAAAAGUACCGUACAGAGGAGAUGGAGAAGCUGAGACGAACCGUGGAAAGGUGUCACGAAGCCGAGCAGAUGGCAAAGAACGCGUACACGUCUAUGGUGGACGAAAAACGUCAGAAAGCUGCGGAAGUGGCGGAGGAGUCGCGGAGGAUAAAGGUUUGUCUGAUCGAACAGAAGGAGGAAGAACUACGGAGGAAACUUCAGGUGAUCCAGGAAAUUAAAACACUUCAGUCUUUGCAAGGUCAGCGUGCCAAGGAGUUCGACCAGGCGGAAACCGGCAGACUAGGACUGAUGUGUGAAAUGUCUUUAGCCGAGGUCCGUUCGCCUAGAUAG